AUGAUAACCCAUAAGGUGGACAAGGUGUACACGUGCAGGUUUUGUAAGAAGACUUUCCCGCGGCGGACGACGUGUCGGAUCCACGAGAUGAUACACACAGGGGAGAAAAAUAAAGUGUGUGAAGUGUGCGGCGCCAAGGCUCUGGUGUCGGCCAACGUUCCUUGCGUUUUGGAGCCUCCAGGGUUGUGCCGCACAGAUGGCAAGAGGCCUGACGGUCUGACAUUGGUUCCAUGGCAGAAGGGUCGGUGCCUCCUUUGGGAUGCAACGUGCGUCAUUGCAGGAUUGAAAAAGUCUAAAUACGAGGAUUUCAUCAAAGUCAUACAAGGAGAGAAACCCUACGCAUGCCGUCUGUGCGACUUUGCCUGCGAAGAACGAAGACCGCUGCUCGGACAUAUCCGUGGAAAACACAUUCCUCACAUCGCCUGCCCUAUAUGUGUGACACAAGGUAUCGUAGCGACGCACCAAAGGAAAGUGCAUUUGAAGGAGAAAAAUGUGACGUGCUCUGUUUGUAAAUUUAAAUGCUUUGCCAACGCACAGUUGGCGAGACACAUGAUAAUCCAUAAGGUGGACAAGGUGUACACGUGCAGGUUCUGUAAGAAGACGUUCCCGCGGUUAACGACAUGUCGGAUACACGAGAUGAUACACACAGGGGAGAAAAAUAAAGUGUGUGAAGUGUGCGGCGCCAAGUUUGUUCAGAAAGCUAGCCUCAACUACCAUAUGUUUAAACAUCAUCCUGAUCAUCACGUUUAA